ACCAACUUGCCUAUAUAUAGGGACGCUUGCACAUUCACUUAAACUCGUGCUUUUCGGAAACAGUCGACGAUCAUUCUUCACAAGAAAAAUCGAUUGACGUUUCGUUUUUUCUGUAAAAAAAAUCUAGAAAUGAAUCAGUUGGCUUUUGUGUUUGGCCUUCUAGGCAACAUUGUCUCAUUCUUGGUGUUCCUGUCUCCCAUGCCAACAUUUUACCAAAUCUACAAGAGAAAAUCGACAGAAGGGUUCCAAUCAGUCCCUUACACUGUCGGAUUAUUUAGCGCAAUGCUUUGGAUAUAUUACGCGUUUCUCAAGCCGGACACGACUCUUCUCAUCACCAUCAACUCAUUUGGUUGUCUCAUCCAAUCGGCAUACAUUUCAUUCUACCUCUUUUACGCUACAAAAAAUGCAAGGGUCCAAACCGUGAAGAUGCUUCUUUUGUUAAAUGUGGCCGGCCUAGGCUUAAUCGUGCUGCUAACUCACUUCUUAGCAAAAGACUCGAAUCGUGCGGAUAUUGUUGGAUGGAUUUGCCUUGUUUUCUCUUUGUGUGUAUUCGUAGCACCAUUAUGUGUUGUGAGACAAGUGAUCCGGACAAAAAGUGUGGAAUACAUGCCGUUUCUUCUCUCGUUUUUCCUCACCCUAAGUGCGGUUAUGUGGUUCUUUUACGGCUCAUUACGCAAAGAUUACAACAUUGCCAUCCCUAAUGUUCUGGGGUUCAUAUUCGGCGUGCUGCAAAUGAUCCUCUACGCUAUUUACAAGAACGCCAAAAAACCCGUGCACGAAAAGCAGCAGCAGCACCUCUCGGAAAUCGAAAGCCAAAUAAACGCGAUCGAAAGCCUAAAAAUCCCAGAAUUAAAAGAUCAAAUUAUUGAUGUUGUGAAGCUGGGCAAUGGACUAGCCGUGGAAAUUGUUCCGGUGGGCCCCAUUAUCAUCGAUGACGUGGAAAUCACUCUGGCCGUGGAGAAAACAUGCGCCAUGUAAUAAUGACCCAAGAAUUAAUUAAUGUAGGAGAUAUAUAUGCCUGUUGUUUGUGACUCGUAAUUUGGUUAGGCUGAUUAAUUAACUGUGUGUUUUGUGUGGUUCAUGGCUUUGAAAUUUGGUUUGUUAUGCUAUUAAAUUUGGGUCCUGAUUUGAUUUGUAUCAUCAUUAACUAAGUGGAAGUGUAAUAUAAUGUUGAAUGCUUUGUUUGAAAUUUACUAGGAUUGUUGAAUUUUUGUGCCCUAAA